GCGACCUCAAUUUUUCGAGGGGCGCAGCCGAGGACAAAAGGAAAGGAUGAUGCAUUGCCCAUCACCGCCGUUGCACUGAGCCCGCUCCCCGCACUGCAUCAUGCGCAGGAACUCAACGGCCCCAGGCAAAUGUCUCGGCCACUUGGUAGGGCGAUGGCGACGUAGUACUCCGUAUCAUCCCAGUUCGAGCAUUGCUUGCAGGAUCGGAUGUGACGAGGCUUGCCCCGCUGCAAGCCAUGGAUUGAACUCAGAUCUUGUCAAACGCGAGAUGAGAUCACUUCCUCGGCAGGCCAAUCAGCAUAGAGAGAAGGUACAAGACAGGUCGGCCGUUACCGUUACUUCCGGAGGCGGACCCGACACAGCACAGAUUCCCCGGCCGUGCGAGACAAAGAUAUCACGGCAGAGAGAAAGAAGCGUCAGGUACUCAGUCUCGAGUCCAUUUAUUCAACAACUGAUGAGACAAAAUCGAAGCAGCAACAUGCACUGUACGGAGUCGGAAUGGCUGUUACCCGCAAGGCGCUUCAACGGUGGAUUCUCAUUUUGAUCAUGGCUGAUCGACGACCAUGUUACCCUGGGAGGGGCGCCCAUCCGGCGACUACGGAUAUACAUGUAUGUACGUCCGUAGAUCCGUACCAAAACCCUGAUUUACAUCUCGGUUACGGUUCCUCUUCGGGCGGACGCAU